UUUCUGUGUGUUUAUUCAGUUCCUGUUGUCUUGAUCCCAGCUCUUCCUGUUUCCCCUGAUACCCUUCCCUGUGUAUUUAUACCCGGCUGUUCCUGUUUCCCGGUCGGGUUCUGGUCGACCCAGUUGCUACCAGAGGCAGAGCUGCCGCUGCUGCCUGGAUCCCCGUUAAACCAACAUCUUGGCACGUCAGCCUGGGUCCAACCGCGUUUCUCCUCACCACCAAACGAACACAUCGUGACAUUCCUGUUUCUUGGUCCUCAUCUUAUCGACUGCGAGAUUGUUUUUGGUCAUUUUUCACAUUUAUCUGCAUCUGUUUCCAGAUUCUUCCUCUUUUUCUUCUGCGACUCUCUGACUUUUCUUCUGUCUCGUUUUAAACUUUUAAACUAAGAGCUUUGACAUGUUAGUCAGGGAGCGUCUGACGCAGGACAGUUGGACUCAGGCAGGCCUUUAUGCAAUGUUUCUCCUGGAGGUCAGAGGUCGUCCACAGGACUCAAUCAGCUGGAGAAGUUCUUAAAUCUGAACAUGAAGCGGGUUAGUUUGUUUCUAGAUAUUUGACCUUUGAGGGUCCUGACAUCAUUAGUCUCCAAAGUGAAAUAAUGAUGUUACUUCUGCUCCAGAUGUUCAUUUACCCCUCGGGGCAUUAUUGGUUCUGGUCCAUUACCCCCUCCCCACCUCAUCAGUCGAUCAGUGCGACAUAAAAAGCUCAGAGUUCCUCUGAACGUCCUGCAGUCCAGACAAACAUCCUCCAAGCCUUCACACAGAUCGCAGCUCUGAUCCAACUAUCAGAAUCCAGGCAGAACCCAACAAAGAUCCGGAACCAUUGGGGUUCAGGAAUCCAGCCAGAACCUCUGAGAUCUGCAGCAUAGAUCCAGGAUGGCCGGAAACUGCACAGAUCACCAGAAACACCUGGGGAUGCCCGUCCCCACCCACGGCGCCCUGCAGCAGCAGCGCCCGUUCCCUACUGUGGACGUUCCUGCGCAUGCCCAUUACAUCAUCGGCUGUGUGAUCCUGUUGGUGGGAGUGAUGGGCACGCUGGGGAACGCUCUGGUCAUCUACGUGUUCUGUCGUAGCAAGACGCUGCGGACACCCAGCAACCUGCUGGUGGUCAACCUGGCGCUGGCGGACUUCCUGAUGUCGGUGACGCAAUCUCCGGUCUUCUUCGUGGCCAGCCUGCACCGCCGCUGGGUGUUCGGAGAGUUUGCCUGCGAGCUCUAUGCCUUCUGCGGCGCUCUGUUCGGCAUCGCGUCCAUGAUGACGCUCACGGCCAUCGCCGGGGACCGCUGCCUGGCCAUCACGCGGCCGCUGGCGCUGCUGGGCGCCGUGAGCCGCCAGCGGCUCUCCGUGGUGGCCGUGGGGCUGUGGGUGUACUCGCUGGGCUGGAGUCUGCCGCCGUUCUUUGGGUGGAGUGCCUACGUCCCUGAAGGUCUACAGACGUCCUGCAGCUGGGAUUACAUGAGCUUCACGGUCACGGUGCGCACCUACACCGUCCUGCUCUUCGUCUUCGUCUUCUUCAUCCCCCUGGCCGUCAUCGGCUCCUGCUACCUGGCCAUCUUCAGGGCCGUGCGACGGGCGGCUCAGGAGGUGAAGAGGCUGAGCAGUGGCGAGACCACCAAGGCGUAUGAACGGCUGCGCGGCGAGUGGCGGAUGGCCCGAGUGGCUCUGGGAGUCAUUCUGCUCUUCGUCGUGUCCUGGUCGCCGUACUCCGCCGUCGCCCUGACCGCCACCGCUGGCUACGCCCACCUGCUGACCCCCUACAUGAACUCGGUACCUGCAAUCAUCGCCAAGGCCUCCGCCAUCCACAACCCCAUCAUCUACGCCAUCACACAUCCAAAGUAUCGUGCUGCCAUUGGUCGACACUUCCCGCUGCUGCGUGCUGUGCUGCGGCUGCAUGAAAAGGACCUUCAGUCCCCGUUCAGCUCCAGCACCGCCUCGUCUCGCCGCACCACGCUCAGCGGUUCGCCAGGGGUCCGGCUGGGCGCUGGGGUCCGCUGGCCGCAGAGCCGGCUGUCCUCAGCUUCUGACAGCGACUCCUGCUGGACGGAAAGCGAAGCUGACGGCUCCAGCGCCGCAUCAACAGCCAUCAACCGCCGGACAUCCACCCAGGUGUCAGCUGAGCCGUCUGACCCCGCCCACAUGAGCCAUCGGGUUGAGUCUAGACCGACAGACAGCGACUCACCUGAAGGGGGCGCUGCCAUGGCGGCAAAACUUCUGCUGGCUACAAUAUAAUGGCACCACCCCUUUAAGUCAUAGCCCCGCCCCAUGUGGCCAGAGUCAUAGCUCCGCCCCUCUUCAACGCCAUGUUUCUAGCCUCUUUUUCUUUGAUUUAAAUAUAUUAAUAAAGACAACACCUGGUGGCAUUUCACAGGUAAAACUGUCUGACUUUGUUCCAGGAACUACU